AACAAAACGAUCAGAAAAAGAGCAUUUUCAGGACGACAACCAUUAAACGAACUCGAAAAUUCAGAUCCUCAAGAAAUUCAAGCUCGUAAAAAGAGAAAAACCGUUAAAAAACCGCAUAACUUAUCAC